AUGAAUGAGGAUAAAAAAGCACCCUUGACCGUUGAAACGGGGGCUGAUUCAUCGGAGAAGAAGUCCAUUUUUUCAGUUCCGAACGAGACACUCGUUGAGUUUGACGCGAAGAGUGAUACUAUUCGUGGGGAACUGGUUCAGGUGAUAGCGGCCUGGCUCAUUGAGCAAGGUCUGACAUCAUCUGCGCAGUUGUUAUGUGAUGAAGCCGCGGCACUCUUCCACCAGGAGCACAGCGAGCGGAAAACCCUUCGGGACGUCUCUCGGUCCGUGCAGGAAGGCAACUGGGAGGCUGCAAGUAGUAAAUUGAAGAAACUUGAACCAUUAAUAGCACCGGAGGCUGAUGUGAGUCGUGACUCGUCAUCUCAAACUGCAUCACUCAUUCGAUCACUGCCUUUCUUGCUCGCUCAACAGCAAUUCUUGGAGUAUGUUGACGAAGACGAUGGGCAACGGGCGCAUCAUUUCUUUAUGAGAAGAAUUAAACCACUUGAGGGAACAAUCAAUAGGGAACAUUUCCAGCAGCUAGUUUAUUUGCUUACGUGCAGAAACGUUUCAGAGGCUGGAACGACCUUCCCAGUUUGGCGUGGUUGGACACCAAUGAAGGGGCGCCUGCAGCUUCAAUCCCUUAUUGCGAACAUCAUUGGACACUAUAAUACGAGUCCGUACUGCCACCAGUAUAAGUACCAUGUUGAUGACGAACCAAACGCCACUGUCAUAAACCUGGAACAAAUAUUAGCGAAUUCUUUAUCAUAUGAACUUUUAAAGUCGCAACAUCCCAAUCUAUUGGCGGGUCUUCCUGUGCACCCCGUGUACUCCAUUUGGAGACCCUUGGGUGAGCAGUUGCUUCCCACAAACCUCGUCAUGACGCUGGAUGUCAAUACAUUGUGCCACAGCGCCAAACUUCACACGGGGGAAAACGUACGGCUGACGGCUUGCCAGCCCUUCCUUCAGGUGCCCGCACUCGCUGUUGGGACGGAUGCGGGGGAAAUCUUGUGGGUGCCUCUGAAGAACAGAAAAGAAGACACAACACUGGAAUCACAUGGGGCGUGUACGUCCUUGUACCGUUACAAGGCUCCCGUGAGAGGAAUGACGUACCAUGAGCAACAAUUGCUUCUCUCAUGGAGUGGAUGUCAAGCUGUAGUCCUUAACGUUGUUCAACUAAAGAAGUCAAGAGGCACUGUCCCGGAACAACAGGAUUAUUUGGCUGACUGUGUUGCGAACACAUUUACUCAUGCCGCAGAGGUGCGAUCGGCUUGUUUGUUCCCAUGCGGUUUUAUUCUCGCAACGGGUUUGUCUGACGGAACCGUCACUGAAUGGAAUCUCAUAACAGGGGCACAGAUGUCUCAGCACGCAUUUAGCGCCUCAUCCAUCGAGUCUUUAGCGGUGAAUCGCUCAGGUAGUUGUUACUUCGCCGCCUCGCGAGAGGGUCUUGUCCGCGUUGUGGAUGCUUCCACGGGUGUGCUUCUCUUCACAUUCGCGCUGUUGAUAACCAGUGAAAUAUCUUCUAUAGCUAUUUCCCCUUCCUCCUCACUGCUGCUGGUGUGCUACAAAACUGGUACGCUUCGACUAUGGGAUGUGCUGACAGGCAAUUCACUUGCUCAGCGACUGGAAGGCAUGGAGAGCACAAAAUGUCGAUGCACCUGCGUCACGUUUGGUGCCAAUGACUCGCAUAUUAUAACGGGACACGACGACGGAUGCCUUUAUUUCUGGGACACGGGUCGUUCGCGGCUACGGCGGUGCCAAACCGCCUCAUCUCCGCUAUCUUCUGCCUUUGGGAGUCGGGAGGGUGCUCACGGGGAGUCACCAGUGCUUUAUUCGCCGAAUAAUCCAAGCAUGCAUAACUUCCCUCCGGGUGAAGCAGUGUCGCCGCAAACGUCUCUUCGACUUCAUCGAGCGCAAAUAACCGAUGUGAAGUUUCAGCACAACUAUGUGGUGACGUGUGGGGGUGACGGUAGGAUAUGCAUAUGUGCGAGCGUCAUGAAGGACAUGGAAAGGAGAGUGUGA